CUUAGUGUCUGGUUUCUGCUCUCCAGGGAUGUCUUGUACCUUCUCCUCUACGUCCUCAGAACGGAUGUCACUUAGAUCCUUCCCAAAGCGCACAGGCCAGGCUUUCCAAGAGGACAUUUCAGGACGUCAUUCGCCCCAGGAGAGCUGCAGAGAAUGUGUCGCUCUAAGAGAAGAAAUUCAACAAGUCCAUCUGGAGAAGGAAAAGGCUCUACGAGACCAGAAACAGAUGUUCCAGGACCAGCUCGUUGAAAUAGCCAAGAACAGGAAGCAUUUAGAGGAGGAGCGCAUGGCCAUGUUUCGUCGAAAACUAGAACAGGAGAUGGAAGAGAAGAUGCAAGUCCUGUGCCGGAGCUGGAAAGCGGAAUCUGUGGAUGCCAUUGAGGAGGCCUGUGAGGAGACCCGUAGGGAGGCCGAGAGAGCGCAAGCGCAAGAAAUUCAGAGAGUGCUGGAGGAGGCCAGGAUACGUUAUGAAGAACAUGAGAAAGAAGCCGUAUCACAGGCUGUACAAAUGGAAAGUAGAAACUCACAAUUACAGAUAGCUGACCUGGAGAACAAACACAGAGAGGACCUGGAAGUUGUCCAUGAAAAAGUCUAUACUGUACAGGAGCAGUUGAAUGGCGUGAUACGUGAGAAGAUGGAUUUUGAGUCUAAAUUUAAGGAGCUUCAGCUGAAUUACAAGAGGUUUAUUGACCUAACGGACUCGGCCCUCCACUCAGAUUACCUCCUGCGCCUGAUCCGACUUGGAAAGCCACCCGGCUUUGCUCAUUGUGCCGUGCAGACAGAGGACAUCAUCACCAACACUAACGUAAAAUAACAAUGACAAUACAGAAAUAACGUAAUACAGCUUAAUACAGCAACAAUACAGAAAUAACUUAAAACAGCGAAAUACAACGACAAAACAGAAAUAACGUUAUACAAUGACAAUACAGAAAUAACGUAAUAAAACGUGAUACAACAACAAUACAGAAAUAAUGUAAUAAAACGUGAUACAAUG